GCUUGCAUGUGGAGGCCAAAAUUAUUUUUAUUUAUAUAAUAUUAUACAUACACAAACAUUAUAGCAAACCACUUUUUCUUCAUAAGAAAGUUAUGAUGAUAAACGAAAUAAGAAUCAGGAAGCGAAUAGGAGUGCUUUUUGUAUGCUCCCUCUUUUUUAUAUUCUUUCUACGAUAUUUCCUUCAACCAUCAGGGGAGAAAGUGAUCAAUAACUACGAAUCUUGCCUGAGUAGGUAUGAAUCAGGAAGGUAUCGUAGGGAAUCACCGCACAAACCUUCGUCUUAUCUAAUUUCUAGAUUAGGUGAAUACGAAGCACUUCACACACGAUGUGGACCUAACACAGAAGCCUACAAGCAAAAGAUAAGAGAAUUAAAGUCCGGUCGCUUGAACAAUAAUCAUGAUGAUGAAUCCUCGGAUUGUAAGUAUCUAGUGAGGAUACCGGCUGAUGGGCUAGGAAACAGAAUGCUGAGCCUAGCAUCAGCAUUUCUUUAUGCUCUUCUCACAAACAGGGUCCUUCUAGUUUACGACAACAAAAUCGACAUGUCUGAUCUCUUCUGUGAGCCUUUUCCCGAAACCACAUGGUCACUUCCGAAGGAAUUCCCUCUUUGGAAUCGGCUUGACUCGUUGAAUCAGCAUUCACCAGAAAGCUAUGGCAACAUUGCGAAUCUUUCAGAAAGCUAUUCUUCGUUAUCAUUUAUAUAUCUUUUUAUCUCCGGUGGCUACAAUGAUAAUGAUAAGCGCUUCUAUUGCGAUCAAGAUCAUAAAUAUCUAGGAAACAUAUCUUGGGUAAUUAUGAAAUCAAAUUUCUACUUCAUCCCUUCUCUGUUCUUGAUCCCGUCGUUUGAGCAAGAACUAGCCAAACUUUUCCCAAUAAAAGAUACGGUUUUCCAUUUCCUCGGUAGGUACCUUUUCUUGCCCUCUAAUCCUGUUUGGGAUCAUAUAACCAAAUACUAUCAAACCUACCUAGAAAAAUCAGAUGAAAUAAUCGGUAUCCAGAUCAGAGUCUUUGAUCGUGGAUGGGUCAAGAUGAUGUUUAAUGCUGUAUGGGAAUAUCAGACCAUACCAGAGACGGUAUUAUCGUGUUCUUUUGAAAACAACGUUCUCCCAGAAAUCAAUACGAACAAAUCGUUAGUCAUCCCUCAAGGAGAUCACCAUAAGUCAAUAGCCGUUCUAGUGACAUCUUUGACAUCUGAUUUUUUUGAGAAAAUAGAAAAAGUAUACUCGGAACAUUCUACUGUAGAUGGAACAUUGAUUAAAGUUUUUCACCCAAGUUCGGAAGAGAAACAGAGAACCGAGAAAAAGUGGCAUAAUAUGAAAGCCUGGGCAGAUAUGUACUUACUGAGCUUGAGUGAUAAACUGAUCACUAGUCCCGGGUCGACGUUUGGAUAUGUGGCUCAAGGUCUUGCAGGAUUAACACCAUGGAUUUUACACAUGCCUGUAAAUGAAACAGUGAAAAAACCUCCUUGUAGUCGAGCCCUGUCAAUGGAGCCCUGCUUUCAUGUUCCUCCUAGUUAUAGCAAUUGUGAUAGGCGACCUACGAUUGACCCUGAUUCGGUUGUUUCUCUCGUUAGACGUUGCGAGGACAUUACCUUUGGUGUUAAACUAGUUGACCCUAGUCACUUAUGAUGUAUAUAUCAUAAUCGUUAUGAUUUUGAUCAAUUGAGUCAGUCGAUUUAUCUAGAUACUUUUAGAUAUAUACGUUUCAAUCUAGUUAAUUAUUUGUGUAUAGAAAUAAUGUCAAAGAAAUACAUUAGUUGAAGCUGCUAA